AUGGCGUCCACUUCGACCGGCCCGGCAGCGGUGGCGACCCCCUCGGGCUACCGCACGCCCGACCCCGCGUCCAGUGCGGCAAUCACAGCCGCCAGCAGCAAUGUGGCUGAUGCCGCGCGCCUGGUCCGGUCCUGGGAGACCGGCCCGCCGCCGCCGACUGACAGCCAGAAGCUCCUGAUGCAGCGCCUUCAGGCGAUGGUCAGCCGCGCCGGGCCGCCAGACGGCUCAUUGCGAUUGGUCGUGUCGGCCCCGGUCGAGCGUGAGUUCCUGUCCGGCCUGCCGGAGGACCCGGCCGGGCAGCACCCGGCCCCGGCGGCCUCGGCAUCGGAAGGCGACCAGCCGCCAGCCCCCGCCGCCACUCCCACCGGGGGUGUCAGCUCCCCGGCCCGGCUGGCUGCCAGUGUCCGGUCGAGCGAGGCCUUGUUGGCACAGUCCCGCGUGUCGACCCACAUCGCCUAUGGCGAUUCGCUGCUGAUGCACGCCUCCGCGUGUGACACCAUUCUGGAACAUGCCACCGAGGCCCUGGAUGCGCUGUUUUCCCUGGACUCCACAAGUCAAGAGGUCCGGACCCGGACGCGCGCGCUACAGGACAGCUGCGAUGCGCUGGCCACCAAGCGCGCGUGGUUGGAAAAGUUUGCCACCGCGCUGGACCAGCGCCUGGAUGUCUUUGCCCAGCUGGAUGUGAUCGCCGCGGCGUUGGCUCGACCCCUGGCCGAGGGGGACGACCUGCAACACGAGCUGGCCCUCAUCGAGCGUGCUGAGGCCAGUGCGGCCUUCUUCGAGUCUCGGCCCUUCUACUUGAAUAGCUCGGUGUAUGUGCGUCGGGCGCAUGGCCUCACGCGACAGGCGCUGGGCCGUCUCCGUGAGCGGGCGGUGCUGCUCAUCUCCACCGCACGGCGCGAGGCCCUGGAUCGUGUGUACCGCAAGGUGACUUCUAACCCGCCGGCUGGCGGGGCAUCCGACGCCCCGCACGGCGACCCGGUGACCGAGGUGGAGAUCGAGCGGGCAACCUUGUGCGAUGCGCCAUAUCGAAGCGUGGCCCCGGCGGCGCGCGCGCUGCUGGCCUUCCUGGCCCAGCGGUCGACCCCGGAGCGCCAGGCCAUGGAAGCCACCCGGUCCCUGGUCCGCCAUGACUUCCCGGCCACCACGCAGACGGACUCCACGGCGUUGAUCGUGCACAAGGCCGGGCCUUCGGCACCGGGGGCUCUCAUGGGAGCCGGACCGGCGGCGAGCGCGGCGGCGGCGGCGGCCGCCGCACGCGGCGUGUCUGCCCGGGCCGAAUUGGCGCAGACGGCCGCCGAGACGCUCGGGCAUUUGGUGGCCUGCCGGGACAGUCUCCUCGCCGGCCGGCGGACGGUGCUCGAGUCGUAUGGCGGCAUCUCGCGGUGUCUCGGCGAGCUGGCCAAGCCCAGCAAAGCCACGGUCAUGGGCGGCGGCGAGCUCUGGGACGACUGGCUGGCUUCGGACAUUCAAUGGCCCGGGCAUGCGGGGUUCGCCAGUGGCGGGGGGCCCGGCUCGGAGGCGCCGGUUCGGGAUGAUGGCAGUCUGGCAUCCUUCGCCUACCGGGCAUGCCACUUCCUGUUGGGUGUGUUGGCCGAUGAGGUGCUUCUGUGUUCGGGCUUCUUCACCGACGGCACGUCCCCCUCGGCCGGGAGCGAACCCACCACGCCAGCCGAGAGUCCGGCCUCGGCGCCGGCCCUCAGCCCGCAACUGACUGUGGACGAUAUUGAUGCCUUAAGCAACCACCUCGCAAUACUGGGCAAGCCCUUCCAGGAGCACAUCCGAGCCAAGGCCAUCAGCGAGUCGCGGAUUGACCGGCUGUGUGCCGUGUCAGCCGGACUGUCCCCACUGCUGGAUGACCUCGACGAGCCGGAGUCCAUCGGAGACUCGCUGAACACCCUGCCACACCGGGCCGUGAGCCCGGCCUUGGCGGACAUCCGCACGCGCAUCGCCUUCCGUUCGCAGCAGGCCUCCUCGCGAGCGCUGCUGUACCCGCCCCCCGUACUCGGGUCGCCGGCGGCGGCCGAGGCCCUGGUUCGGCGGAUCUGCGCCCAGUCGCCGGCCAUCGGGUCGGACGCUUCCAGGUCGCUGGUCGGUCGGCCGCCAGCCACGAGUGCCUCCGAGGCGUCCUUGCAGCCGGGGAAUGACGAGCGUGCCUUCCUGAUUGAAUUCCGCACCGAAUGCGGCAUCCCUCUCUCGCCGGUGUGGGGCGACCCGGCGCUGCCUGCCGCGUCGACCCUGUACGCCCCAUUGCGCGUGGUCAUUGAUCUUGUGUAUCUGCUGCACCAGGGCCGCGUGGGCCGGGAUCUCUUCCACUCGCUGGCCGUGGAGCUGGUGGCCAGCAUGCGCGGAGCCGUGCACCAGGCGUCCUUGGCUUUGUUGAACGCCAAAACCCCGACGUGUGAUAUUGACGCGCCGCUCUUCUAUGUUCGGCAUCUGGCGUGCAUUCGUCAGCUGGUGGUGGUGCACUUCGACAUGCAGCCGGUGGCCGGGCUGGAUGUGCCGGUGGCCACGACGUCGCCUUUCCUGGCACCGCAGCCCGGCACCCCCGGGCCCUCGGGGCAGGAGUCGUCAAGUGCAGCCCCAGCAGCGAGCUCUCCCGGUCGGGGCGGGCUGCUUGCCGGAGCCAGUGGCUAUGCGGCCGGGAUGCUCGGGGGCUUCAUGCAGCGCGGCAUCCAGGUCCUGACGGACACCCUGCCCCCGGUGACUGGUCACCUGCAGAACUCCGGCCCCUUCAGUCGCUUUGCCGAGGUGCCCAUCAAUCUGGCGGCCGCAGCGGCGGCUGCCCAAUCCAUCCUGUCCCCGGCGCUGGGAAUGCCCGGGGGACGGCCGGCCACGGCAGCGGCCGUCUUGCCGGGGGUCGCCUCGGUGGCCGGGGCCGCCGGCAUGGAUGCCGACCUGCGCACGGCUCUGGCAGCUUGGCGCACGGCGGUGGCCACACGCACGCUGGCCCCGCUGGCAGCCACCGGGCCAUCGGCCUCGGAGGUUGAUGAUGGCCUGCGCGGGGCCCUGGCCCGUGCCGCGGCCCUCCUGCCGGAGCACCUGCUCCGGCUUCACCAGUUCCUGCUGGGCAUCGCUGAUGGGGCCGAUGUCGAUGCCGACCCGGAGGACCUGGACGGCGCGCUACACGGCGAGGGAGGCACCGGGCCCGGGCUCGGGCCGGCCUUUUGCCACAGUGGCCGGCCGGGGUGA